AUGAACGUUAUUUUAAUGGUUGCUGCUGUGACAGCUAAUAUAGCAGGGCUGAAGGCUGAGAGAAGAAGCCCUGGAAGCUGUCAGAGAGGAGCCAUGGACACUGUCUCUGAACCGGACCCUGGACUCACUAUGGAACCUGAGGACUUCUUGAGGAAGUCUUUGGACCCAAGGAAGACCAGCCACAGAAGAUUUGCCCUAAAGUCCUGCAGCAUUGUCUUGCUGAUAUUCGGACUGCUGAGUAUUCUCUUAAUCUCCCUGCAGUUCAACUCAGCGACACCUUGGACGGAGGGGAGAGAGCACUUACUGGAUGAACUUGGUUCAGUGAUGCUCACGGAGGAGGAGGAGGAGGCCCCCAGCAUCACAGAGUUCCACUCUCCUACCCACGUGUUGCCCGUGGGCCAAACGACCCGCUUCACCUGCAAUGCCAGCGGCACGCCGGAGCCCACAGUAGAGUGGCUCCACAAUGGCCGGCCCCUGGAGAUGAAUGGCACAGACAACCAAUCAGAGGCCUGGUUGGAGAGGGGCUUCCUCUUCGUCAGAGGGGUGAGGUAUGGCGUGAACACGGUCUGCUGCAUGGCAAGCAACAGCGCUGGCACGGCCAAUCACACCGCUGAGCUGCUUGUCUUUGGUAAGUUCUGGAUCCAAGGAGAGAUGCUUGUUGUUUAUGUGUUCAUAGCAUUGUUGUUGAUAUAUUCAUAACAUUGUUGUUGAAGUUUUCAUAAUGUUCUCGAGGUGGGUGUAUAUAUAUAUAUAUAUA